CUAACGAGGGUAGUGACUCUGUCUAAAGGCAAAAGCACAGUUCAGCUGAGGGAGGAGAACUGGACACUCACUGGAGUCCCGGAGAGGACACUGAGUACACUGGAGAGGACUUCUAUGCAAAAAGGGGCCCUAAGCAGAGCCCCGCCCCUGGGCGACCCCGCAGGGACUUGGUUGGAUGGGGCUCACUCCGACUUCCGCCCGCCAGGGAAGCUGCCGGAAGGUGAAGAUCUUCAUCUGAGGGACGCCACCUCAGGCUACCAGAACCCCAGGACUGGUUGGGUAUCAAGGUGCCCACCUCCUGCACCCUCUUGCCUGCUGCCCCUGAGCACAGUCAUCAUGCCUCGCGGUCAGGAGAGUAAGCGCCGUGCCCGUGAAAAACGCCGCCAGGCUCGAGGUGAAGACCGAUGUCUCAGGGGUGCUCAAGCCACCGCAGCAGAGAAGGAAAAGCUGCCAUCCUCCUCCUCGCCUGCAUGCCAGAGUGCUCCCCAGAGCUUCCCCGCUGCAGGCAUUCCUCAGGAGUCCCAGAGAGCCAGCUACCCCAGCUCUCCUGCUGCAGCUGUGUCACUCACAAGUUCUGAGGAAGGUGCCAAGGGCCAAAAGGGGGGAAGUCCCAACUCCUUCCAUGGCCCGUCCUCCUCUGAGAGCACAGGAAGAGAUCUUCUGAACAGGAAGACGGGCGAAUUGGUGCAGUUCCUGCUCAACAAGUAUAUAAGGAAAGAGCCCAUUACGAGGGAAGCCAUGCUGAAGGUUAUCAACAGAACAUACAAGCAGCACUUCCCUGAGAUCCUCCGGAGAAGCGCUGAGAACGUAGAGGUGGUCUUUGGCCUCUACCUGAAGGAAAUGGACCCCAGCCGUCAGUCCUAUGUGCUUGUCAGCAAGCUGGACUUUCCCGAUCAAGGAAGCUUGGGCGAUGAUGGGGGUUUUCCCCAGAGCGGGCUCCUGAUGGUUCUCCUGAGCACCAUCUUCAUGCAUGGCAACCGUGCCACUGAGGAAGAGAUGUGGGAAUGCCUGAAUGCAUUGGGGAUGUAUAAGGGUAGGAAGCACUUCAUCUACGGGGAGCCCCAGGAGCUUGUCACCAAAGAUUUGGUGCGAGAGGGGUACCUGGAGUACCGGCAGGUGCCCAGCAGUGAUCCUCCACGCUGUGAGUUCCUGUGGGGUCCCAGGGCCCAUGCUGAAACCAGCAAAAUGCAAGUCCUGGAGUUUGUGGCCAAGCUCAAUGAUACCGUUGCCAGUACCUACAAGUCCCAGUACGAGGAGGCUCUGAGAGAGGAGGAAGAACAAGCCAGAGCCAGAGCAGCAGCCAGGGCUAGCGCCAGGGCCAGGGUUAGCAGGUCCUCUCAGCCGUAG